GAUACCACCAACUUUGCUUUUUCCUCACUUUAUCUUUGCCGACUCGUCUUUUUUUCGCAGGGGAAGCGGCAAUCCAGUUCAAGACAUCCAAGAGACUUGAAUGAAGAGCUUCUUUCAUCGCAAACAUGUUCCAGAAAUACCAGCGCCAAAGUCGACUGUGAAGAAGUCCGAACAUCACAGGAGCUGGCUGCCAACCGGCGGCGAUUCAUCUCGUCAGAAAACCUCGAGGCAGCCGGAGCCUACCGACCUUAGGCAAAAAAACGCCCACGACGACGGCAAGCAACGCAGCAGUCGGCGACCAUCUCCUCAGUCAAUUCCCACCUUGCACCUAUCUCAUACCGCUGUAGUCAGGGAGACACCAGUCAUCCAAGGUUCAGCUGCGUCACUCAGUUAUCCUGCACCACCUCUCGUUGUCCAGCCUCACGCGUCACGCCCUCCAACGGCAAGUAAUGCCGACCCUGCUUUUCUUAAGCCGUCAACCCCUGCACCGACAGCGCCGAGACAAUCGUCUGCUACGCAAGGGUCUUCAAGACCCAGCGACCCAAUGCCAUCCUCGAACAUUGAGGUCACCUGGCUGAAUUCCAAGCCGAUCAGGCAGAGCCAUUCUCGCGUCAAGACUGUAUCGAAUCCCACGCAUCCUGAGUUCUGGAUACCUCCCAAGGACUCAGCCAAGUCUCUCACUGAGAAACCAACUGACAGACGCGGUCAUUCACGCAGUCGGACUGAUCCCGUGGGUGCAAUUGUUCCUCCAAACACACUCUUAGGACCAGACGUUGGACAUACUUCACAUCGGAAACACCGAGAGAGGACUGGGGACCAAGAGAGGGAGAGAGGGAGGGAAGCAAAGAAAGUAAAUGAGCCAGUAGAGGGUGGAAUCCCGAUAGCUGCAUCAGCUCCCUCUCGGAAACAUAGAGACAGAGAGAGCCGAGGGAGGGAGAGGGAAAGAGAGAGAGAACGAGAGAAAGACUCCAAGAAACCCUCAGAAACCCAUGAUCUGAUAGGUUCAUCUUCGCAGAGACCAAGGGAAAGGUCUGGCCAUACAGACGACGAAGGUCAGAGGACACGCGACAAGCCAGAAAAAACCCGAGAUCGAAAGAGGGAGGACGACGGGGAUCGAGAGCGAUUGAGAGAAAAAGAAGAUAAGCGACGAGAAAGAAUGUUGGAGACGGAUAGACAUUGGCACAGUGAUUCGGAGUACAGGAAGGCUGAGAGUCCAAGACAUCUCAAUUCCGAAGUCCGGCAGUCUGAGAGAGAGAGAACACGUCCAAGAGUGCGCGAUGCUAGCAGAGCAAUACCACCAGAACCAGCACGGGAGAUCGAGCACAAAUUUCGCGGAGUCCCGGUGCCAACACGUUCUUAUGAAGAAGGUGAUAGCUCUGAUAGCUCUAAGCCUCGACUGCUGGCACACAGGCACCGCCGACGUCGUGAAGAUGUUACUUCGAAAAUGCAGGUCCAUGACAUAGUUCCGUCAAGUUUGGGCCGCGAACCUCCCAUUCGUCCUGUAUCUCCUUCUACGCUUUUGUCGUUCCAAGUCACUCCUGGAUCUCAGAGACCAUCUCGUGAUACGCCUCUCAAAAAUAUUCCAGUCAACCCCAGCGUCCUCAAUGAGCGAAGGCCCCAGCACUCAGUUCUCCCCUCCAUUGAUAAGUUGCCAAAUGCUCCCGACAUCAACAUUAUACAAGCCUCCUCUGGUGUCGAAAAACCUACAGUAGCUGUCCCUGGGAUGGCACGCACUCCAGAGGCAUCGGGUACCCGUGAACUGCGAGAUAAAACCGAAGUAGCUAUCACUGUACCCGUAUCCAGAUCGACACCUCCCGAAAGGCCUGUACCGGAACAGCUACCUGCUCAAGUCUCGAGAACUGAUGUUGUUGCAUCUGCCCCUGUGCCCAGUGCACCUAGCACUCCUGUUUCUGUCUCUCAGCCCCAUCCACCCAUCCAAUCAUCGACACCUAAGCUCUUGUCCGGUCUUAGAGGUUUGGAACCAAACGUCCAACAAACCUUAUCAUAUGCACCCAUAACUUCAUCGACGCAGUCGCAGCCCCCUGCCACAAUGACUGCCGCCAGCGCUGGGACAGAUUCAACUUCCCGGGUUUCCAAGUCUGCGCGCAGGUCAAGAAGCAAGGAUUCCGUUAUUGCAAGAAAUGAUCUUUCGCUGGCUUCGAAUGAGAAAGACAAGGUUCUCCGUCUUGAACCCAUAUCUGGAAUUCAAGAUGGCCGGGCACAAGCAAGCUCUACGGCAGCGGCAGUACAAGCAUUGCCAAGCACCUCGCAGUCGGGUGUCAGGGGGCUGUCGCCCAAGAAUUCGCCCGUUGAGAAGCAAACCAGGGAUAUCAAUCCAUCUUCUGUAGCCGUCACUUCACAAGAACGCCAGAUCAGCAACACCACCAACGAUAGCCCUAUUAAGCCCAUAUUUUCUUUAGGUGUUGAUGAGUCGCAUCAGAAACACAAACGAUUGAACAGUAUAGGCGCUGUUGAUACAAGCCAGCAUCAACAGCACUCUCCGGUUUACGUGAACAAAGAGAAUUUCAGUGUUAAUCGGGCUAAUGUACCACCGGACGCGCGUAUCGAUGCCCGUAUUCCUGGGGCGCCUAAUAUGAACAUUGGGCUUUCUAUACCACGUUCAUCAACGUCAAUGGGCAUGAGACCACACAAAGCACCCGGCAUUCCGAUACCACUCGCUACCUCUACCCAAAUUUCCUCUGGGAACUCCUCGAACGCCGCCAUCGGUGCAUCACUGCAUCGCCCAUCGACUGCCGUGGGGUAUUCUCAUACACAAACUUCACAGUCCUUUCGCCCUGACAACACGCGCCCUCCGGUAUCUGAGUUUCUUCGAUCUCCUUCAUGGAUUUCUUCUGCUGUCAACCAAAGUGAUAGCAACGCCCAGCGUCAUUCUCCUUCAACCAUUUCCGUGAAUGAUGUGGGUCGGAUGAGGCAUGAUAGUUCCAAUUCCGUGGUUAACGUAGUACCUGCUACCGAGAGACCUCCGUUUCCUAUAGUAGAGACACCUCCAGUCCGCCCUACGCUCCAGCCAAGCAAUUCUCCUUUCGUGCAGAUAUCUAGCACACCAAAACCUGCGACACCUACCCUACCAGUAUCUUCGUUGCCGCAACACACGGCUUUGGGCGUGGAUGUACUUCCCGCGAUGACCGGUUGUCCACCUAAUGGUGUCGAAUUAGCUACAGGGGUUCCAUCUGUCCCUGAAACAGCUUCGCGUGGCGUAGGUUUGUCUCGGUCGACUAGCAACUCUGCGCUAAAGUCAGAAAUGAAUGUAUAUGGUCUUCCCAAUAGUUCCAUACCCGCACCUUCUGCACGGCCCGACGUUACUGCCACAAGGGUGCCAGCUCGUGACACGCCAACACCUCGACCUGCAUACCGACACCCACGUUUAGCCGAACUUUUGACUUCUACCCCCACCAAACAGGUCGAGGCGGGUGAAGUGGAUGAAAAGAAGACAUUAUCAAAGCCAUACACACCAGACCUUGCCGCCCAAUUCCCUGUGCCUGUUCCGUCUUCACCAAAACCGCCAAGUCCUCCAACUAGGUCUAUACAGCCUUCCUCCUCAAAAUUGACGCCUCCGUCAAUAUCUGAGGUUCGAGCACUCGAUCGGUUUACGCAGCGCUCUCCCCAACGUCAGAGCAACGACCGUGGCGACAAUACUGUUUCUCAGCACACAUUAUCACGCUCUAAUGACCCAUCUACGUCGCGUCCAUCCCAUACCAAACUUGACGUUGUCUCUACAGCACCGACCUCAACGUAUACACCCACGAAUACAGUCAACCCUAGUACUCAAUUUGCGGACUCGUCGAGAACGGGCAGGGGUGACCGGCACGCUACCCUAGAGAAUCCAUCAAACAGUAAUGCGUCGAACAAUAUGAUAUGGAACCCCACAGCACAAUCCGCCAUGAGCCCCGCGUUACCCCAUUCCUCUACGCGUUUACAAGAAAGGACAACGCUCCCCCAAGCUAUACCAACCUCUGGGUCGUCUGCUGCGACUAGAACCUCUGCAAAGAGCUACACUUCAUAUAGUCAACGAUAUGGUGUAUCGUCAACCUCCACUCCAAUUGCCAUCACUGUUCCCAAUACCGUUUUACCUAUGCCGUCCGUCACACAGACUCCUAGUCCUCUGUAUCCUUCCUCUGCGCCGUCAUCGCAGCACCAUCCAUCUGCAUCGCUAUCACCGCAUCAUGUAUCGGCACCGUCCCAUGCGAAUACUAAUCCUACUCCCCGUCCAAGUAGUUCUCGUCAAGAGUUCGGUUCGCGUUCAGUACAUACUAGCUCCCAACCCCCUCCCGUGCCUGUCCAUCCGAGUCCUGUCAGUCGGCAUCCAUCGCAAGAUUCCAUCCUCAAUACGCCGUCGUCACUCGCACCAUCUGUUUUGAAGCGAACACCGUCCCGUACAUCACUUUCUGCGUCGAUGAGUUCUCAAUCCCAUGAAAGCAAGAAGAAACGUUUUCUCGGCAUGUUCAAAUCUAAAACUCCCCAGCCACCACAAUCGUCACAGCCCCCGCAGUACGAGUUUUGGAAACCUCCAGAACCCGACAGCUCACGUAAAAGUGAAUCAAGGCCCGCUGAGCCCACGUCUGAUCAUCGCGGUAAGCCGUUGGCAUCUAGAGUCAAGGUGCCGCCGCCCGUUUCUGUGCCCAGAAAUGUUGCUAUCUACGAUGCGAGUGGGAAAAGUCCAACAAAGACCAACUUCUCCCCUUUUAAGGCCCUCGCGGCUGCAUCCAAACGACAUCGUACUGUAUCAGCUGCAUCGGCGGAGGCUGUCAAUGGUACCGCACCAAAUACAGUUGUGGGCUCUCCGACGGCAUCCAUGCAUAGCCAGACGCCUCUGCAAGUUCCCCCCGCCCGAGAUCCUAUGGUUGCGACAAGGGAAUGGCGCGAGCAAAAUGCAGAUAGUUAUCGUAAGAGUGGCAAGAAAAAUCGUCCGGGAGUGGUGUUUGAGUUGGACGAAGAACCAGCGGAAGAUAGGCCGCGCCUGAGACAGAUAAGAUCUAGAGGGAGCCCCAGGAGCAGUCCAAAGCAUCCAAGCUAGUGUCCGGGAGGUAUGAGUACUGUAAUUCAUAAUUUGUAUAUAUAGUGAGGAUCUAUGUAUUGUAUAAACUACGCCUGUAUUAUUUAGCCAAUAUCGUUGUUAUAACUAGUACCCCUGAUAGAUGUAUAUUUCUUGGAAAGCUAAAUGAUGAACACCUACAAUCAAAGAUCAC